AUGUUGCAAGCCUUCAACCACAUCACCAGCGAAGCAAUUGAUACCCGUUUUCAUAUAAAACCCAAAAGCAAAAUGGCUGCUGCAUUCCCGAAGAAGAAGUGCGGUGUUCUCGGUGCCACUGGUUCGGUGGGCCAGCGCUUUAUCCUAUUGCUGGCAGACCACCCCUUCCUUGAGCUUCACGCCGUCGGUGCUUCUGAGCGUUCAGCCAACAAGAAGUACAAGGAUGCCGUGAACUGGAAGCAGGCUUCUCCCAUGUCUGAGAAGCUCAGUAACUUGGUCAUGCGUGACUGCAAGCCCGAGCAUUUCUCGGAUUGUGACCUUGUCUUCUCUGGACUGAACAGCGAUGUUGCUGGCGAGACUGAAAUGGCAUUCAUUAAGGCUGAGAUCCCUGUGUUCUCAAACGCAAAGAACUUCCGCAAGGACCCCAUUGUUCCUUUGGUGGUUCCUACUGUGAACCCCCAACAUUUGGAUCUGAUUCCUCACCAGCGUGAGAAGUACGGUCUGAAGAAGGGCUUCCUGGUCUGCAACUCUAACUGUGCCGUCAUUGGCAUCGUCAUUCCCUUCGCGGCUCUCCAGGCUAAGUUCGGCCCUGUUGAGGAAGUUGAAGUUUUCACCGAGCAGGCUGUCUCUGGAGCCGGCUACCCCGGUGUACCUACCAUGGACAUCCUUGACAACGUCAUUCCCUACAUCAGUGGAGAGGAGGACAAGCUCGAGAACGAAGCCCAAAAGAUUCUGGGUUCAUUGAAUGCCAGCGCCACCGGUUUCGACGAACAGACUGGUCUCCGCAUCGGCGCCACUUGCACCCGUGUUGGUGUUACUGACGGCCACAUGGCCUUCGUUUCCUUGCGCUUCAAGAACCGCCAGACCCCCACCGCUGAGCAGGUCAAGGAGGCUCUACGGGAGUACAAGUCCGAAGCACAGAAGUUGGGUGCUCCUUCCGCACCAGAGCCCGCUAUUAAGGUGUUCGACGCGCCCGACCGUCCCCAGCCCCGCCUGGACCGUAACAUUUCCGGUGGAUACACAGUGAGUGUUGGCCGUGUUCGUGAGGGUGCCCCAGGCGGUCACUUUGAUAUCCGAUUCGCUGCCCUCUCUCACAACACCGUCAUUGGAGCCGCUGGAUCAUCCAUCCUCAACGCCGAGGUUGCAGUUAUCAAGGGCUACAUUUAA